AAGGGGGUUUUUUUUUUUUUUUUUCUAACUUUAUUUGUUAACUCCCUCAAGGUAGCGAGGAGCUGCUGCUAUAUAUAUAUAUUUAUAUAUAUUCAAAAUGUCUUACGGUGAUGAUGCAAGAAGGAAGAGAAUUGCCCUGAUCAGUUUCUCUUCCAUUUUUCUGAUAGCCAUGGUUGUUGCUGUGACUGUCGGUGUUAGCCUUAAAAAGAACGACUCCGGCGAUUCAAAAAAUGAUAGCACGGCUCAUGAAGUAUCCACCUCAACGAAAGCAAUCCAAUCCAUCUGCGCGCCCACAAAUUACAAACAAGAAUGUGUGAGCAGCCUCUCAUCGGAGGCUGGGAACACGACAGACCCGAAAGAACUCAUUAAGGCUGCGUUUAAGGUGGCAAUGAAGCAAAUCAGCGAGGGUGCGAAGAAGUCAGUUCUGUUGAAAGAACUGGAGAAGGAUCCAAGGACAAAGAGGGCACUCGAUGACUGCAAACAGCUCAUGGACUUUUCCAUUGGUGAGCUGGAGCACUCGUUCGGGAGGUUUGGGGAAUUUGAUAUCAGCAAACUGGAUGAAAUGCUUAUUGAUUUGAGGAUUUGGCUCAGCGCUGUCAUCACAUACCAAGAAACUUGCGUGGACGGCUUCCAGAACACAAGUAGUAAUGCUGGCGAGAAAAUGAAGGCGGCAUUGAAGACAUCCAUGCAACUCAGCAGCAAUGGCCUAGCUAUUGUCUCCGAGUUGUCUAGCGUGCUCAAGGACUUACAGAUUCCGGGGAUUGGCCGCCGCCGUCUCCUUGGAGAAGCUAGGCUCCCUGUUCUCGGCCACGGCGAGUUCCCUGAUCAGUGGUCGAACCCCGGACUUCGGAGACUCCUCGAGGAACCCACCGCCGACACUAAGCCAGACAUUGUUGUGGCCAAGGAUGGGAGUGGAAAGUUCAAGACCAUCAAUGAGGCAUUGCUUCAAAUCCCCAAGCUUAACAGCAAGACAUUUGUAAUCUACGUCAAGGAAGGAGUUUAUAAGGAGUAUGUCCACAUUACAACCGCCAUGACCCAUGUUAUGUUGAUCGGUGAUGGAGCUACAAAGACCAGGAUCACAGGAGACAAGAACUUCGUUGAUGGCAUCCCCAUCUUCGAAACCGCAACUGUUUCUGUUUCCGGAGAUUACUUCGUUGCCAAGAACAUUGGGUUUGAGAACUCUGCCGGUGCUGAGAAACAUCAGGCGUCGGCGCUGAAGGUCGAAUCCGACUUUUCCACAUUCUACAACUGCUCUAUGGAUGGGUAUCAAAGCACGCUCUACGUCCACGCCAAGCGCCAAUUCUACCGCGACUGUACCGUCUCCGGCACAAUUGACUUUGUCUUCGGUGACGCCGCCGCCGUCUUCCAAAACUGCAAAUUCGUGGUCCGAAAGCCAAUGGAGACCCAACAAUGCGUGGUGACCGCACAAGCGAGGAAGGACAGUCGGCAGGCAUCGGCGAUAAUCCUGCAAGGCAGCUCCAUCACCGCAGACCCUAAAUUCUACCCGGUGAGAUUCGAGAUAGGGGCAUAUCUAGGCCGUCCAGCGAAGGAGUUCUCGAGGACCAUAAUCAUGGAGACCCACAUUGAUGACUUGAUCAAGCCGGAAGGGUGGAAGCCUUGGUUGGGCACUUUCGGGACCGACACUUGCUACUUCGCUGAAUUCCAAAACAAUGGCCCCGGCGCCGCCACGGCAGGGCGUGUAAAAUGGCAGGGAAUCAAGCACAUCACACGUGCGAAUGCGCUGGACUUUGCUCCAGGGAGGUUCAUUAUGGGUGAUGGGUGGAUUAAGGAAACCCAAGUGCCUUAUGUCGCUGGCUUGAUCCAUAAUUAAGUCAGCGAGCAUAGAAAUUUCGUAUUGGAAAUGUCUAAUUUCCGACAUGUUUUUUCCUGUGUUCGUCAUAAUUUGAGUGUUCUGGUUUUCUGCCGUUUGAUGUAAUCUAAUGCAAAAAAAAAAAAUAUAUAUAUAUAUAUGGCUUGAUUUUUAA